GUGUGCAUUUGUGAUCUGAUCCAGGCUGGAGGUGUAUCUUUUAAGGGCUCGGGGAUUUUCCCUGGUAAUCUGAAUGAUGUAAUGGCUCUGUUGCCGUCACUAUGAAAUGUUUUAGUUUGCGCAAUAGGGGAGGUAGUGACCUGUGGGGAUAGUGCAGAAAUGAGCAUAUCUAGAAGAAGGAAAACAUGAAAAUUUCUCAACCUACAGAGAUCACUUCGGCAUAAGGGGGAGCCCCAAAGCAGAGAGAAGGGCAGCGUGAAGCAGCAGCAGCAGCAACUUCCCAGCCAGUUGUUUCUGCGCGGGAGAAGCAAACAGGAGAUCAUGAGAGAACUUUAAAGGCGCGUAAGGAAGAAGAAAAUCCUCAGAAAACAAUGGAAAUGAAUGGGCUCAAGCCGGUGCCAGAUUCCUAUGACUAUGAUCUCAUUGUCAUUGGUGGAGGCUCAGGAGGUCUGGCAGCUGCCAAGGAGGCUGCCAAAUAUGAAAAGAAAGUGAUGGUGCUGGACUUUGUCAUGCCUACACCUCAGGGAAGCUCGUGGGGUCUUGGAGGAACAUGUGUAAAUGUGGGCUGUAUACCUAAAAAACUGAUGCAUCAGGCAGCUUUACUGGGACAAGCCUUGCAAGAUUCACGCAAAUUUGGGUGGCAGUUUACAGAAGAAGUCAAACACAACUGGAUGACCAUGACAGAAUCUGUUCAGAAUUACAUUGGUUCACUGAACUGGGGCUAUCGGGUUGCACUGAGAGACAAGAAGGUCACGUAUGAGAAUGCAUAUGGACAAUUUGUCGGGCCACACACAAUUAAGGCAACAAACAAAAAGGGAGUUGAGAAGCUGUACACAGCUGAGAGAUUUAUCAUUGCCACUGGUGAACGACCACGCUACCUGGGUAUACCUGGAGACAAGGAAUAUUGCAUUAGCAGUGAUGACCUUUUCUCUCUGCCUUACUGUCCAGGGAGAACCCUGGUGGUUGGAGCUUCCUAUGUUGCCUUGGAGUGUGCUGGUUUUCUUGCAGGCCUCGGAUUAGAUGUCACUGUAAUGGUGAGAUCCAUUCUUUUAAGAGGAUUUGACCAGGACAUGGCAAACAGAAUUGGUGAAUAUAUGACAGAACAUGGAGUCAAGUUCAUUAGGGAGUUUGUGCCAAUCAAGGUUGAGCGGGUUAAGGAAGGAGCUCCUGGAAUACUGAAAGUUACAGCCAAGUCCACAACAGGGAACCAAAUCAUUGAAGCGGAGUACAAUACUGUGCUGCUGGCAAUUGGACGAGAUCCAUGCACAAGAAAAAUUGGUUUGGACAAAGUUGGAGUGAAUAUCAAUGAAAGAACGGGAAAAAUUCCUGUCAACGAUGAGGAGCAGACAAAUGUUCCGUAUAUCUAUGCUAUUGGAGAUAUCCUGCAGGACAAGCUGGAGCUCACGCCAGUGGCAAUCCAGGCAGGAAGGUUGUUAGUUCAGAGGCUUUAUGCUGGGGCAACUGCUAAGUGUGACUAUGUGAAUGUUCCAACUACUGUAUUUACUCCUUUGGAGUAUGGAGCCUGUGGGUACUCUGAAGAGACCGCAGUGGAGAAAUUUGGGGAGGAAAACAUUGAGGUGUACCAUAGUCAUUUCUGGCCACUGGAGUGGACUGUGCCAUCCAGAGAUAACAACAAAUGCUAUGCAAAGAUAAUUUGCAAUAUUCAAGAUAAUGAGAGAGUCAUUGGUUUCCAUGUCCUUGGUCCAAAUGCUGGAGAAGUCACCCAAGGGUUUGCAGCUGCUAUUAAAUGUGGGUUGACAAAAGAACAGCUGGACAGCACCGUAGGAAUUCAUCCUGUCUGUGCAGAGGUAUUCACCACCCUGUCCGUGACUAAGCGUUCUGGUGAAAGCACCACUGUGAGUGGAUGCUGAGGUUAAAUUCCCCCAUCCUUGCUAUUGCCAGAGACUGACUUUCAUCACAGUGUCUGACUCCUGCGAUUCAGAAGAUUUUGAGAGAAGUCACCCUUGGAUACCUGCAGAAAUGUGUAGAGCUUAACCUGGACACUCCAUCGUCCUAAGGAGAAGAGCUCUGUGGGAGCUGAUCACCUGUGGUGCCUGGCUGGCAAUUAGCAAUGCAAUGGGAAUCUUGACUGUUGAGCUGCUGAUUAGCAGGGCAUGUAAUAUAUGCAUUCAUGAAGUCACAGCCUGAAGCCUGCAUUGUCUGGUGGGCAGUGAUGGAAGAACUGCUAGCACAGCUGGAAAACAACUGUUUUGGUUUGGCUUUAUUCCUCUCUAGUUUCUUUCCUGAACAUUCCUUUCUAGUUCUUUCCAGAAAAAAGAACUUUCCAACUCAGAAAAAUCCCCCCCAAAUCCAGGUAGUUGUAUCAGAUGAAAUAGCUCCUGUGUUCUGGGUCAUGACACAGCAAAUGCAAGGUCUCCUCAUGAGCACACGCUUUACCAGCUCACAUGCCUAUGGAGGGCAAGUUCUACUUGUUUGAUCACGAGGAAGAAAAUAGCCUUAGAAAAAAGUUUAGUACCACCUAAAAUAACAUAUUUCGUGCCUUCCAAACUGACUCUGUUGUGACUUUUUAUUUAGAGAGCCUUAUUUGUGAAAACGUUCUUCUCAGUGAGAAAGGAAAAUAAUUAAGGUCUUUUGAUACAGAAAGUUAUUGUGUUUCUUCCCUGAAAUCAUGCAUAUAAUGCAGAUGUGAUGAUCUUAGCUCUUCCUGAAGCUUAUGUGAUUAUAAUGAAUCUGAUUUGGAGCUGACAGAAUUCCAAUAUUGAAUGAAUUGUCCUUCCAAGAACUCUGUGCAACUUCAUUAAAUUUGAAUAAAUUUCUUUCUUUCCAGGUGAGCUGUCAUAAGCUGCACUAUUUCAGGUCUAAACUACCCACUUUGAACAUAAAAGUAUUGAGAUUUCCUGAAGAUUAGUGAGCCCUUAGAAUCAAAAAAAUUACAUAACCAAACAACAUGCCCCCAAAACAACCAUCCAAACAAACCCUCCAGCCAAACUCCAAAAACCAGUAGUGAAAAAUCUGUUGUGUAGAUAGGGUCUGGAAGUUCUAUUUAGUUCCAUGUGUGCUAUGUUUUAUAUUUAAUUAAGAAAACAAUACUUUUAAAAUGGAAAUUUCAGUGAAAAUACCAGAUUCUUGAGUAUCCCUCCUGUGUUGGAUAAGCUGCAUAUUUACUUGUCAAGUGGCUCUUUGUAAUGGAGAUGAAUGUGUUUUUUUUCAUCUGUUUUCCCAUUUCCCUCUCUUUUAGCAGAAAGGUUUGGAUUACUUUUAUUAAAUGGUUCUUGGGAGUUCAGUAGUGCAGCGUGAACAGGGGUGAAUUCCCCAGCCCUGUGGGCAGAAUGCCUCAUGCCUAAAUUCCUACCUGGUAACAAAUUCAUGUAUUUCUCCUGAGAUUUCUAAAAUAGUGUUGUAAGUUAUUUUUACAAACCCAUUUUAAAUUUUUAAAUGUGUUUUCUAUGGUAUCUACAAGGGUCUGUGAUGGUAUUUUUCUGGCCAGUUUAAUAAAUAAAUCGAUUUGCACAAGCAGA